AUGCCCUCUUUCGCCCAUUUGACGGCGGCGCUCGCCCUCGUCGGCACCUCCCUCUCCACACCCGUCCAACUCAAUAAGAGAGAAGCCUUCUCCGUCGAACAGGUCCAGCGCGGAACCUACCUUAAAAACGGACCUGCGCAGUUAGUGAAGGCGCUACGCAAGCACGGAAAGCCAGUCCCCCAGAGCUUGUUGGAUGCUGCAGAGAACCGUGCGAACGCAGCGAAUGUCUUCUCCCUGGCGGAUGUGAAUGGCACUGUCCCAGCCGUUCCCAACGACGAGAAUGAUAGUUUGUACCUCAGUCCAGUCACGAUUGCAGGCAACACCCUGCACUUGGAUUUCGAUACUGGAAGCGCUGAUCUAUGGGUCUUCUCUUCUCUCCAACCUGCAGCCUCGACGAAAGGCCAUGAUGUUUACCAAGCCGACGCCACCAAGGAGAAGAAGGGUUAUACUUGGAAGAUCGCUUACGGCGACGGCUCUGGCGCUUCCGGCAAGGUGUAUGCAGACAAGGUUACGGUUGGCGGUGUCACUGCCACGUCUCAAGCUGUCGAGGCAGCGACCUCUGUCUCCGCAUCGUUCGCCCAGGAUGUCGACACCGAUGGCCUUCUUGGUCUCUCGUUCAGCACCUUGAAUACCGUCAAGCCCCAGCAGCAGAAGACCUUCUUCGACACUGUUAAGCCCCAACUUGCCCAGCCGUUGUUUGCUUCGUAUUUGAAGUAUCAUGCUGCGGGUAGCUAUGACUUUGGCUUCAUCGACAAGAGCAAGUACACUGGACCGAUCACCUACAUCAACGUAGACACCAGCAAAGGUUUCUGGGGCUUCAACGCGACUGCGUACAGCGUCGGCACCACGACCACCAAAGCCAACGUGGCGGGCAUAGUCGACACAGGCACAUCGCUACUCUACACUGAUGCCUCCAUCGUCCAAGCUUACUACCGCCAAGUCUCGGGCGCAUCUGUCGACAGCGCUCAAGGUGGCUACACUUUUCCAUGCAAUGCCGCACUCCCCGACUUCGCCAUCACCGUUGGUGGUGUGAAGCAGGUGGUGCCAGGCAAGUACAUCAAUUAUGCACCCCUCUCAUCUGGUUCGACAAAGUGCUUCGGCGGUAUCCAGGCGAACACAGGUCUGGGCUUCAGCAUCUUCGGCGACAUCUUUUUGAAGAGCAAGUACGUUAUUCAUGAAUCGGGGUCGACUCCGAGACUAGGAUUCGCACAGCAGGCAGGUGUGUAA